AUGAGUCACCUUCUGAACGCUCCAAUCAUCCUUUUGAAGGAUGGCGUGGACACCUCCCAGGGGCGCGGACAGAUUGUCAGCAACAUCAACGCCUGCCAGGUCAUCGCGGACAUCGUUCGCUCUACUCUCGGUCCCCGCGGCAUGGAUAAGCUGAUUCACUCAGAGAACGGCGUAACAAUCAGCAACGACGGGGCGACGGUGGUGUCUCUCCUGAAUGUCGUGCACCCUGCGGCCUCGCUGCUGGUCGACAUCGCCAAGGCCCAGGACGACGAAGUCGGCGACGGCACAACCUCCGUCGUUCUCCUCGCUGGCGAGUUUCUUGAGGCUGCAAAAACGUUCAUCGAGGGUGGGAUGGCUCCACAAAUCCUCAUCAACGGCUACAGAACUGCAUGCCAACUGGCGAUCGAGAAGAUUCGGGAGCUCAAGGUUGACCUUUCGAGCACUCCUCCAGACGAAAAACGGUCCCUGCUGGAGAGAUGUGCGCAAACGACGUUGAACUCGAAACUGGUUUCUGGCCACAAGGACUUCUUUGCCAAGAUGGUGGUGGACGCCGUUUCGAUGCUCGACGAGUCUCUCGACAAGGAAAUGAUCGGCGUGAAGAAGGUCACAGGAGGCUCCUACACAGACAGUUUCGUCGUCCAGGGCGUUGCCUUCGCCAAGACUUUCUCCUAUGCAGGCUUCGAGCAGCAGCCGAAGAAAUUCGAAAACGCAAAGAUUCUCCUGCUCAACUUGGAGCUGGAAUUGAAGGCCGAGAAGGAAAACGCCGAGAUCCGCCUCAAGAAUCCUGAUGAAUACCAGGCAAUCAUCGAUGCGGAAUGGGACAUCAUCUACGAGAAGCUUGAUCUCAUCGCCGCGACUGGAGCGCAGGUGGUUCUCUCUCGCCUACCAAUCGGAGACUUGGCUACUCAAUACUUUGCCGAUCGCGACAUUUUCUGCGCGGGGCGCGUCGACGAGGGCGACAUGAAGCGCACGGCGCGAGCGACCGGAGCAAAAAUUCAAACUGCAGUCAGCAACGUCACUCCCGAUGUCCUUGGCAUGUGCGGCGUCUUCGAGGAGCGACAGAUUGGCGGCGAACGCUUCAACUUGUUCAUGCACUGCUCGCAAACUCAGUCUGCGACGAUCAUCCUCAGAGGCGGUGCGCCGCAGUUCCUCGAUGAGGCCGACCGCUCUCUCAAUGACGCAGUUAUGAUUGUCAGAAGAGCGAUGCAAACGCAGACCAUCGUGGGAGGCGGCGGAGCUAUCGAGAUGGAAUUGUCCAAGUACAUUCGCGACGUGAGCCAAGGCAUCUCGGGCAAACAGCAGCUCGUCAUCCGCGCGUUCGCGCGCGCUUUGGAAUGCAUUCCCCGAGCCCUCGCGACAAACGCCGGGUUUGACGCCACGGACAUCUUGAACAAACUGCGCCACAAGCAUGCGCAAGGAAAAGGCGAGACGCAGUGGUUCGGCGUCGACUGCAUGAACGGCGGCGUGUGCGAUGCGAUGAAAGAAUUCAUCUGGGAACCUGCGCUCGUGAAGGAAAACGCCCUCGCUGCCGCUACAGAGGCAACUUGCAUCAUCCUCUCCGUCGAUGAAACGAUCAAACAACCGAGUCCAAAUGACAAACGCGGAGGUCCCCAAAUGCGCAUGCCUCCGAGAAGAAGAUAA